UUGAUUUGCAAAUACUUGACGUUUAAGUUUAAUGUUAUUGCAACUCGCAAAAAACCCUAUCUGCGCAAGUUCUCAUGCGCAAUGAAGACUUGGUCCGUGUCUCCUGGUCGAUUGCGGUGUUCCAUUUAGUUUUUCAGCUGACUACGCUUCCCACAGCCGCUUACUAGACGUCUCGCGCGUGUCAUGUCUGUUUGUUCCGCGGCGUAGUAAGACUUAGAGUGCUUGUGUCCGUGUAGUUGACUAGCUAGUGUCAGUGAAAAUGUUUUCAGGGCUCACGAAUCAGGUUUCUUCGUGGAUGGGAGCGGCCAAGGGCGAGCCCCAAGAUGAAGAGGUGCCUACCCCGACCAAGGACGCCACUGGAGAGCAGGCCGAAGGCGACAAACAAAGCCCUACCAAGGGAGGCAGCAAGUUGGACCUGAUCACCAAUGUCAAGUCACAGAUGACUGGCUGGCUUGGCUCCGGUAUACCUAUACCUGGCUUAAGAAAAAAUGAAGCACCACCCACAGAGGCUACUGAGGCAGCUCCGGAGGCAACUGAGGCAGUGGAAGCCAAGCCUGAGGGGAAAGAUGAUGAUGAUAACUCCAGGUAUAAUAGCGCUACUGGUGGAGCGGACAGUAGACCGGCGUCUACUGGUGGUACUCCUACCGAGGAACAGCCGGCCGGAGUCGGUAAUGUUUCAGGUGCAGGAAAUAAAAAGUUGUUCUCAGUUGAUGCUAUAGAAGUCCCUGAUAUGCAAGAGCUGACAACCAAGGCUGUCGCCGGAGCAAAGUCUCUGGGCAACUUCCUGUACUCGGCCGUUAACAAGGCUGGUGCCAAAGUUAGCGAGGCUGGUGCCAAGAUCAAGAAGACGGUAGAAGAGAACAGCAUCUUGGGCGAGUUCAACCGUGAACAAGACGCUUUCAUCAAGGGGCAGGAGGGUCGUGGUAGUGGCGCGGCCGUGCCCCCCUGGGUCGGGGCACCCAAUGAAGCCGCGCUCAAGGAGGAGUGCCUCUCGCUCUCCACUGAUCGACGUAACUUCGUGCGCGCGCCUCCCGCCGGCGUCGACUUCGACUUCGACUACGACAAGAUGUACCCGGUGGCCGUCGCCCUCAUGGCCGAGGAUCCCAACCUCGAGAAGAUGCGCUUCGAUCUCGUACCCAAAGUCAUCACGGAGGAGAACUUCUGGCGGAACUACUUCUACCGCCUGUCGCUGAUCUGUCAGGCCAAUGAGGCGGACGCCGCCGCCGGCCGUCAGACCAGCGCUGAAGAUUCCCAAGAUGAUAUAUCUGCAAGCGAGAGACUGAUAUCAAAAGAGAAAUCGUCGCAAGAGAUCAUAGACGAUGUCAAGAAACGUAUAAAGUCGUUGAAAGUAGAUCGUGAGAACGACGAUGAGCAAUGGGAGAAAGAACUAGAAGCGGAGUUGAAAGAGUACGAGGUAGUAGCGGAGAAGAGUGGAGAUGACAAGUGGGAGAAAGAGUGCGACGAUUUGUUGGAUGAUGAUGUUGAUCUCAAGUAGGCAACCGUUGGCAAAUAUUUGGCAUUGAUUGGCAAUCAUUGCCAGUAAUCGGCAAUUGCUGUCAAUAAUUGGCAAUUUUUGUCAAUCUUUGGCAAUCGUUGACAACGAUCAAGACGGGGGGAAAAAGAAAGCAUUUAUUGCAAAUAUUUCUCAAAUAUUAAUAGAGUAUUGGUAGAUUGUAACAGCUAGAGGCAUUUAUUAAUCAAAUUCAUGG